AUGACAUCUUCCUUGGCCGUCUACACAGGCCUCAAAACUAAAUGGCCGCUCGCUGCAGACCUGACCGGCUCCGACAUACCCUUCCGAUUCGAAGGGGAGAUCGCCGAUGUUAUUGUAUAUGGGGAGAUCCCUUCGGAGAUCAAUGGCACUUUCUACCGCAUCUCACUCGACAGAUUUGCACCCAAAGAGAACAGCGUGCCGAUUGAUGGAGAUGGUCUUAUUUCAGCAUUUCGCAUUGAAAAUGGCCACGUCGACUUCAAAACCAAGUUCGUUCGCACCGAGAGAUAUCGACAAGAACGACGGGCGCGCAAGUCUCUUUUCGGGUUGUAUAAGAGCCCUUGGACGCACCACCCUUGUGUGCGCGCCGCUGUCGAUUCCACUGGCAGCACCAACGUCAUCAGAUGGGCUAAGAAGCUCCUCGUCCUAGAAGAAGCCGGGAACCCCUACGAAGUGGACCCGGAUACUCUUGAGACCAUUCGCUACGAUCCCUUCGAGGACCAGAUCAAGGCAAAGGCGUUUACUGCGCAUCCGAAAAUCGACCCGUUCACCGAAGAGCUUGUAGUCUUCGGCUACGAGGCGAAGGGGCCCGGUAGUAAAGACGUUGUCACCUACUCUUUGAAUAGAAGUGGCGAAAAGACGGCUGAACUAUGGAUUGAAGCCCCUUGGUGCACGCUCAUCCACGACUGCGUGAUCACCAAAAACUGGUUGGUCCUUUUGCUAUGGCCGUACGAGGCAAGCCUAGAACGCAUGAAAGAUGGUGGGCACCACUGGGCUUACGCACCCGACCGCCUGGCAUGCUUCAUUGUGGUGCCCCGGAGAGCCGGGCCAGUAGUGGGCUGGGAGAAGGGUGAGAAGUCCCGUGUCUAUAAUUGGAACCAUUGCAUGAAUAUCCACUCUGCCGGGGCGUGGGAAGGGGAGGGAGGCAAAAUAUACCUUGAAAGCACCCGCGUUCACGGCAACGUCUUCCCUUUCUUCCCGUCGGCGGAUGGUGCAGCAACCGGGGAGGCCAAGGGAGACUUCGUGCGCUGGGAAAUCGACCCGACCCAGCCGUCUGGUACUUUUUUGGCCGAUCCACAGGUGAUCUUGGAGAUCCCUUCUGAGUUCCCGCGCAUUGACGAGCGCUUCAUGUCAACGGAAUACAAUAUUGUCUUCCUGAAUGUCUUCAUUCCGCAGAAUGCGGACGGCUCGACGAACGUUUUCCAGGGCCUGAACGGUCUCGUAAUGAUCAACACUGGGACGGGGGAGCAACAAUUCUAUUACCCUGGAGACAAUUGCUUUGCCCAAGAACCGAUAUUUAUUCCCAGAAGUUUUGAUGCUCCCGAAGGGGAUGGAUUCGUCAUGUCGCUAAUUGAGGAUCGCAAUUCGCAAAACUCUCAGCUCGUCUUUCUUGACACCCGAGCUUUCACGAAGCCUAUCGCGGUUGCCGUGCUUCCAUUCCGCGUGAAAUCCCAGGUUCAUGGAAAUUGGGUCCCAGCCGGAGAGAUCGGCGAGCGCAAGUCGCUAGUCGAUGUCCCUGAGCUUUGGCCGAUUUCCAAUAAGGGGGCUUUAGAGCCUCUGUAG